AUGGUUAUUGCGAUGGGUGCUAUAACAUGCGAUGUCCAGGACUUGUUUUCUAGGAAUUGGUGGCUGAUCGUGAAAGACGGUCCUCCGGUUAAAGUUGGUUAUUGGCCGAAGGCAAUAUUCACCAAUCUACGCAGCGGCUCCCUGCAUGCAGCUUGGGGAGGAAUUGUCCAGGAGGGGAACGAUGGAUACUGUCCUCCACUGGGAAGUGGUCGUUAUCCCGAUAACGAUAACUCGCGGGCCCCAUACUUCAGAAACAUGUACUGGAUCUACAGAUACACUGCCCAAUUUUCGCCUUCCGAUAAAAUCGAGGAAACGGUCGACAAUCCCAUUCUUUAUGCCUCGAAGAACGAUGGCUACCUGCGGGAAAUGGAGUACACGAUUAGCCACGGAGGCCCGGGAGGUUAUUGUAGGGCACAAUGA